AUGCCUGCAGCCGCACACGACGACUCUGUGCAGCUGCAGGACCGCGCCUACGACUCGACCGACGACCUCGAGGCCGCCCACUUCCUCCUGCCCGCAGCUGCGCCCAACGCUGCUUCGCACGCGGCCUGGUCCAAGCCACGGCCGCGCAGGGACUGGCGCGCACCGGCGAUAAGCCUCUUGGCCGGUCUUGCACUUGGCGCCGUCCUCACGCACGUCGCGGCGAGCUGGGCCCGGUCCACGGCGACGCUCAAAGGUGUUCCGCAGCUCCUCCUCAACCCGUCCGACCUCGCCCUCGACAACCGCACCCAGCCCGUCCGCAUCCACUACCGCAGCGACAGCACCCGCAGUCGUCGCGACCCGAUCCUCCCGCCCGACUGCCCCAUCCCCGUCGUCUUCACCGACGACGAGCGUUCAGCCGACGUCGUCGUCCUCAAAACCGACUCGUACGCCGGCAUCACGCCCGACGAGCUCACCGCCGCCCGCCAAGAACGACCGUGGCAGCAGUUUGCGCUGUGGGGCGCCGAGUCGGCGCCGAACCGCAAGCCGCUCGAGCGCCACUUCAACCACCUGCGCGACGGCGAGGCCAACGAGACGGCCGCGUUCGAGAUGACGUACCGCCUCAACAGCAGCGUCCCGGCGACAUACAGCUACUCGUACUUCAACUACUCGACACCGCCGACGCCCUGGCUCGAAAAGCGCUCGGACCGCAUCGCCGCCGCGUUCGUCACCAACUGCCGCCCCAAAAACGCUCGGUCGCUCAUCCUCGACGAGCUCAUCAAGCUCCUCCCGGGCCAGGUGGACUCGUUCGGCUCGUGCUUGAACAACGCCAAGGCGGCCCUUGCCCUGGACGAACUCGGCCUCGUGGACGAGGUCGGCACCAAGACGAGGUGGAACGAGAAGAUCACGCUCAUGUCGCGAUACAAGUUCAGCGUCGCGUUCGAGAACUCGAACGAGCUCGACUACUCGACCGAGAAGCUGUUCCAGGCCUUUGAGCGCGGUACGGUCCCGCUCGUCCUCGGCCCUCCCGACGCCGCCAAGCGCUUCUUCCCCUCGCCCAACGCCGCCAUCGACGUCGCGUCGUACCUGCCCGCCUCGUACUCGGCCCCGUCCAACUCGUCGUCCGUCCCGCCCGACGCCCUCGACCCCGCCGCCCUGGUCGGCCUCGCGCGCCUCGCCGAGCGCCUCGCGUACCUGUCGAGCGACGCCGGACGCGACGAGUACGAGGGCAUGCUCGCGUGGAAGCGCGACGGCGGAGCGUGGCUCGACGACCCGCACAACCCGCUCGGCAAGGUCGUGCGCCAGAGCCACAGCGAGUGGGACCAGGACUGCAGGCUUGCGGGCGUGUUCAGGGGCGAGGAGUGGGCGCGUAACGCUUGGGUUCCGCCGGCGGAGGAGGACGAGGCUGACGAGGGGAAGGAGGACGCGUAGACGCUCCCUGCGAGCGACAGACACUGCAUUUUGCCAUUGAUUUUCUCCCUC